CUCUGUCACCAAGUUGUCAUUAAAUUUUUGACAGUGAUGUGCCAAAGAAAUAACUCGAAAUUAUGGUUGUGAAAAUUUUCUGUUUUUAAAAUACUACUAACCAUGGGAAAAUUCCUAUCCGUUUACUUCGCCUUCGCUGCUAUCUCAAUGAACGUUCAUAUUUUCAGAGAAAAUCAAAUUACUGGACCGGGGCCGUUGAUAUCAACUUACAUAUUUUUAUUUGCCUUCGUUUUGUUAUUGUGGGAUCUCACCCUUUAUCCCAAAUCACUGCGGACGCUUGGAACCAUAACACAAUUCGCCAUCGAGUUCCUCAUUGCCACCUUCUUGACAGAAUCUAUCAUGAUUGACUUCUGGUUUCCCUUGGAGACAGUGGCGAUGGAUAUCUUACCAAAGUCCGCAGAUUUUAUCGAUGAUAUGUUGAACACUGGAGAAUGGAGAUGCGAAAGUCUUUGUGAAGUGUUGAGAGGGCAGGCUUUAGGUUAUCUUGUUAGCUAUUUGCUCAGUAUGUCUUUCCUACUAUCGGUGCUCCAUGCGACGAGAGUGAUUGAUUUGAGGGCACUUGGUGAAGGUCCUAGUUGCUUCUUUGCCGACAUAUCUUUCCGAUUCAAGAAAUUCUGGAGGAAAUUCUGGAGACGACUGGGAUUCGGCAAUAAAAAUGGAAGUAGCGAAAUACUUGGAGAUACCGAUGAUAACGAUGAUGAGCCAAGCGACAGUAGAAGAUCAAUCAUAACUUUCAGCCAAAAGAACAAGACUAGAGUCAAAAAAACUGGUCGGCGUGGAAAACGUGAAACCUACGUCAAACGUAAAGCGUCUGUGUCUAGAGAUCGCAGCAGAAGAGGUAGUCGAGCAACUUGUUCAUGCCCCCCUACAAAUGAUCCUCCAGUUUAUUCAAAAUUUUCAUGUAACAUUCUAUGAAAACAUUCAUUGUGAAUGGGUACUGUGUGACACGUGUCUUUGGAAAUGGUGUUUAUAAAUUCAUUGUUCCGAUUCCAUUAUCGUUUCAUUUGAUGAUUAUAAAAUCCUGAAAUACAUGUAAUGACAAUUUUGAAAAAUUACACUUUCAAAAACUUAAA